AUGGAAGAAGAACCCAUAAGAGCAGCUUCACAACAAGUGUCUGAUGAAUUCAAAACCCUUGUUAAGGCAGAAGAUCUUAAUUCUCUCAGACAUUUGCAGCACCUCAUAUUGGGGAGGCUACAGGACAGCAAUGCAGUUCUCUCCCAUUACAACGAAUUUGCAGAAAAUUGCUUCACUGAUGUAUCGUUGGAAUUCUCUAGAAACACUCGUCUUUUGAAAUCGAUGAAAGCAGACCUCGAUUACAUCUUCUUGAAACUUAGGAGCAUCAAAAGUAAGAUUCUGGCUACAUAUCCAGACGCAUUUCCAGACGAGUCUACUAGCGAUGCUUUUGAUCGAAGACCCGAUCUCGAGUUGCCUCAGUAA